CAGUCCAGUUAGACGCAUAACCUGCCAAGCUGUCAGGCUGGAGCACACCUGUCCCACUACCUGGCCCUAACCUGCGGCUCACCCAUCUUUUACCUGUGGCUUAGCCAGGCGUGAAGCUGUACCUUUAAAUUUAUUACUCGCUGGGUAACUGUUCAGUUCCCUGAAGUUUGAGGUACGAGUCGCCAAGAUAUAUCUGACCAACCUACUUCUUCGAGUUCCUUGUAGGUUAGCGCUAGGUUGACUGUAGUCCAGGUGUGUUUCUGUCUCUUUUCCUGUCUGUUGGAAAACAUGGCUUUUUGUAGCGUGUUGUGGAGCUAUCGGAAAUACCUCCUCAUCUUCCUCACCCCUCUGGUCCUCCUGCUUCUGCCUCUGCUCAUCCCCUCAUCGGAGGCUAAAUGUGGCUUUGUUAUCAUCCUGAUGGCCGUCUACUGGUGUACAGAGUGUAUACCCCUGGCUGUGACUGCCCUUCUGCCAGUCAUCCUGUUCCCUAUGAUGGGCAUCAUGCAGUCUGGAAAGGUGUGUGUCCAGUACUUAACGGACUCUAACAUGCUUUUCAUUGGUGGACUGUUGGUGGCAAUUGCUGUGGAGCACUGGAACCUUCAUAAACGCAUCGCGCUCCGAGUUCUACUGGUGGUUGGGGUACGGCCGGCCCUGCUUAUGUCGGGUUUCAUGGGUGUGACAGCCUUCCUGUCAAUGUGGAUCAGUAACACAGCCACCACAGCCAUGAUGUUGCCUAUUGCCCAGGCUGUGCUAGCCCAGCUGAGUGCCACUGAGGCCAGCCAUGAUGAGAGGGAGUUCCAGGGUCAAGGGAAGGAAAACCAGGCCUUUGAACUAGAAAUCAAACUACCCAAAGGGGAACCAUUCACCACCAAGCUGGAUCUUGUGAAGACUCAGCAGAAGAAUAUGUAUGAGGAUGAGGAGAGAGAUCUAGACACGACCCUGGAGAGGAGGAGAAAAGAGAGGGAGAUGAAGUACAACCUCCUGACUAAAGGGAUGAGUCUGAGUGUGUGUUACUCUGCUAGCAUUGGAGGCACAGCCACCCUCACCGGGACCACACCCAACCUUAUCCUUAAAGGACAGAUGGAUAAACUCUUUCCAGACAAUGGUGACGUGAUCAACUUUGCUUCCUGGUUUGGUUUUGCCUUUCCAAACAUGAUCCUCAUGCUGAUCCUGUCUUGGCUCUGGCUGCAGUUCAUGUACAUGGGCUUCAACAUGAAGAAGUCAUUUGGCUGCGGGAAGAAGAAUGAGGGAGACGAGGAGGCGUAUGCAGUGAUGAAGGAGGAGUACAAGAAGCUUGGGAGUGUGUCAUUCGCAGAGGGGGCUGUCCUGACUGUUUUCGUUCUUUUGGUGGUGAUGUGGUUUACUAGAGAACCAGGCUUCAUGCCAGGCUGGGCCACUAUACUGUUUAACAUUGAUGGACAGUUUGUGACAGACGGGACUGUGGCCAUCUUUAUGUCCAUGCUUUUCUUCGUCAUCCCCUCUCGGCCCUUCUGGUAUACUGAAGAAGAGGAUGCAGAGGAAGGGAAUGAAGGUACGAAGAAACACAAGGCACCACCUGCUCUUUUGGAGUGGAGCGUGGUCCAUGAGCGCAUGCCCUGGAAUAUCAUCCUGCUGCUGGGAGGAGGUUUUGCUCUGGCCAGUGGUAGCGAGGAGUCUGGUCUGUCUCUGUGGCUGGGUGAGAGUCUAGCGCCUCUAAAGUCCAUCCCUCCCUUUGCCAUCUCACUGCUGCUUAGUCUGCUGGUGGGGACCUUCACCGAGUGCUCCAGCAACACGGCCACCACCACGCUGUUCCUGCCCAUACUGGCCUCUAUGGCAACGGCCAUCAGCCUCAAUCCCCUGUACGUGAUGCUGCCAUGCACCAUCUGCGCCUCGCUGGCAUUCAUGUUGCCCGUGGCGACCCCUCCCAACGCCAUCGCCUUCAGUUACGGAAACCUCAAAGUCAUGGACAUGGUGAAAGCGGGCUUCGUCUUGAACAUGAUUGGGAUCCUGACCAUUAACAUGGCCGUCAACACCUGGGGAGAUGCCAUGUUCCACCUCAGCACCUUCCCUGAUUGGGCCAAUGUCACACACGGGAUCAAGCCCUGAGAGGAGUGAGGGACGGUCAGACGGAGGCGGGGAGUGGUCAGCAAACAAGUGUGCAGGGCUUAGAGGGAGGAGAAAAAGGCUGGGUACAAGAAAUACUGGAAGCAAAGGGAGCAAGACAGACCAACAAUUCAGAUAUGGACUCAGAAUGAUAAGUAAAGAUAAUGACAGGCACAAAGAAGAAAUAGUGAGAUAAAGAGAGUAUGAGAUAAGGAAAGGGAGAUAAAGCUAGAAAAACAAUGCUGAAGUGAGGAUGUCUGAGCUGUUGAACAAGUACACCAGCUACAGUACUGUCUUUGUGUACUCUCUUCCUUAGGGUGUUUUGCAACCAUUCGACAACCAGCCAAACUACAUUCAAAAACCAAACCAGGAUAUAACAUACAGACUAGCUCAGACUAACAGACCACAUACAUGCACAACAGAGACUGACAGAAGUUUCAAAGCUCCAUAGUGUUAGACGCUUAGAUAAAAACAAUACAUUAAACAUUCAUAUGCUGUGUGAGUGCCAAAUCAAAUUAGAAACCAAAAUGAACAUAUAUUCUAACUUAAAAACCAAUAUUGAGUGAAGUUAUCCGCUAAUCAGCAGGCUAGGAGGGUGAGACUUUACCAAUUAACAGAAAUAGCCAAACUCAAAACAUCACACUGCACAAAUGUAAAACUAAAUUAGCAUCUUGGAAAUUAUUUGUACUAACAGGCAUUGCUUUUGAAAGGCUUAGAAAUCAUGGAUAAACCAGAGUAUUGUCACUUUUGUUUACCAAAGAUUCUUUCCUACGUAGUUUCAUAUUUCCUGUUUUUUGCUAAAGUAAAGGUACCACAGAACAGAAUUUCCCAAAGGGUUGUGGCCCAAUUUAUAUAUAAAAUGUGAAUAUUUUAUAUGUAUAAAUACAUUUUUACUUUGCCAAUUGUAGCUAUGACAGUCCAGCAAACAUUAUUUUCAAAUGAUUUGUAAUAUUACCCAAAGGAAGUAAGAUUAUAAAUUGAUUAAGAAAGAUCAGUGUUUUAGAAAUAAUUGUUUGAUCUUCUGCGCAGAAGAUAACAAUCAGUUAUUGUUUUUUCUCCCCCCAGUCGAUUUAUUGCCUAGUCCUUUGCACUCUGUUCUCCUUAUGGAAUUAAAUGAUACACACAUAUUCCUGACAGUCUUAUCUGUAUUUCACAUAUGUUAUCAGCAAAAGACUGGCUAUUAUGGAAUAGCAGUGAGACAAUAUAUUAAGAGGAUGAUGAAAGAAGCCUCCAUCUUCACUCCAUCUAGAGUGUCACUCAGUAACAUGUCAACGACCGCUGUGGGCUUGCUCAGCUUAUUUUCAAAGAUUGCUACUGUUAGGCUUUACCACGCUAUGCUACAAGAUAGUUUCUGUGAUCUUCUUUCCUGAACCAAAGAACUCCCAGAAGGCUGUUGUUCAGGUCUUCUGUGAAGAGAGCUGUCUUGUCAUCCUCCAUCCUGUGAAACAUUGUGUGCCCAAGUAUGUCGUCAGCUUUGUGAAAAAGGCUUUACUAGUAUUGGGAUGUGUUUUCUUUGAGUAGAUGAAGCUCUGAGAUGGAAUGAGCAAAGAAGGGAAAGUCAUAAUAAUUCUCCAACACAUUUCUUUUAGAAGACGCUGACCCUUCUCAAUACAUUACAUUGCAGUGCCAUUUCUCCCUAGUGUUCAUUCAAUGUAAACAUAUCUGUCCCCAUGCCAGACAAUGACAUAUCCCAACUCCCCUCACACCAACAUUUUACAGACAUUACUAUGUACUUUAUAAAUAGGGAUAUAUAAUGUAGGAAUAUUCUUAGAAAAUAUUCUUAUAAGCACAGAAUUGUCAAUGUGAAUACAUUGAAAUUUAAUGGAUUAAUUGCUUGUACUUUUAACUUAUUAUUAUAGUCCUUUUUUGGACAAGAUGCAGCCAUAUCACACCCCACAUUAGGGUACAUGAGUUAAUCUGCACUGAGGUUAUCGGUAUCAGUUUUGUGUUGCAUUGACGGUGGUUAUUAUAUUACUGUCAUUAAUAACAUUUUCUUAUCCAAAACAAAAGAUCACAGUAAUCCAAGCUCCUUUAAAGCUAAGGGCCACAAUUAGGCAUAACAGCACCAGUGGCUGCCACAGUGCCAUAUCGGUUAUGGUUUUUGCAUUGAGGAGAUCCAGCAUCCAGGGAAACAUUUUAAUGACACACUCUACUGUUAUAUCGUGCCAUGAUGUAGAGUUGAUGACCAAUGAUGUCUGUGAGAAAAGUAUGGCAAAUGGACAUGGUCGUUUCACCACUAUAACUUCCAGCUUUAACAAAUUAUAAGAUUGACGACUGUUAUUGCAGCCCAAGUGGCAGCCUGUUCACAGUGUACCCUGUUCAAUGUAGUGGACUAUACAGCCUGUCACAGUGUACCCUGGUCAAAUGUAGUGGACUAUACAGCCUGUCACAGUGUACCCUGUUCAAUGUAGUGGACUAUACAGCCUGUCACAGUGUACCCUGUUCAAUGUAGUGGACUAUACAGCCUGUCACAGUGUACCCUGUUCAAAUGUAGUGGACUAUACAGCCUGUCACAGUGUACCCUGUUCAAUGUAGUGGACUAUACAGCCUGUCACAGUGUACCCUGUUCAAAUGUAGUGGACUAUACAGCCUGUCACAGUGUACCCUGGUCAAUGUAGUGGACUAUACAGCCUGUCACAGUGUACCCUGUUCAAAUGUAGUGGACUAUACAGCCUGUCACAGUGUACCCUGGUCAAUGUAGUGGACUAUAAUGUGAAUGGGGUGGCAUCUGGGAAACACGUUAUCAGGUCUCGGGAGAGAUAUCACUGGGGACAUGUUUGUAAAGAUCAACAUUUCUCUAUUGUGGUAUGUGAAAUAAUCUGUAUGUAAAUUCACCUGAACUUAAUUUGUUUUUCCCCAUGCAAAUUUUGUUUAACCCAUUAAAGUAUCCACUUGUUUUAA